CCUCAGUGAGAGAGAGAGGGGGAGAGAGAGAGAGAGAGAGAGAGAUUCAUCCAAGCGCGCAGGACGCACAGACUCAGAGUUGCACAAUCAGCGCUCCAAAAACAGAAAACUCUCUCUGCGCUCCUUCACUUCUCUCAUCCAAACACUGACUGCGAGUGGAUAAUAUUUGCUGCAUCUGCCAGAAGACUUUUUCGUUAUUUCUGUGCAUUUACACUGCACAGAGAAACCGUUUUUGGAGAGUUCGGAUUUUUUUAAGAGUCUUGUUGGAAAGCAAAAAAUUCCAUCCUUUUGUUUUUGCUUUUGUUUUAUUAUUUUUUAGAAGACAUGCGUCGGUGCACGGCGGUGCUGCUGUUGUUUGUGGUGGCCUUGUACUUCCUGAGCGCAGAAGCCUACAAGUGCAGGUGCACCAGGAAAGGACCAAAGAUCAGAUACAAGGAUGUGCAGAAGCUGGAGAUCAAACCCAAACACCCGUACUGCCAAGAGAAGAUGAUAUUUGUGACGAUGGAGAAUGUGUCUCGGUUCAAAGGGCAGGAAUAUUGCCUUCAUCCCAAACUUCAGAGCACCAAGAAUCUGGUCAAAUGGUUCCGUAUCUGGAAGGACAAGCACAGGGUAUAUGAAGCUUAAAACAUCAGUAUCCCAUCCCACAUGGAUCAAACAAGACAAACACUACACCACCACCACCAGGACUGUCUUUGAAGUACACGAUGUAAUCUACAGUCCUGUUGUACUUGAGAUCUGUCAAAUGCAUUAAGAGAUUCCAUUAGUUUGUAUGAAAGCCGCUGGGCACAUUUUAGUCGGCCAUCACUGUAGGUACAGCCACUCACCAGUCCAGUCUUCACAGCUGUUAUUACACUUGUCAAACAGUGUACAAGCCACUGCCAUCUGUGUUCGCACAGUUGCAGGUUCAUUCAAGUAUGAUUUAAAGGGACUUUUUGUUUCUAGGCUUCUUUCAUGAUAAGAAUGAUUAAAAAAAAAAGCAAACCUUCCUGUGACAGAUAGCGUUGGGUUUUUUGUUGAUUUUUGUAUUCAGUGUAACAGGUGUAAACUUCUAUACAAUGUCGACCUUUAGGAUCUGGUUACCUGUGUUUAAGAGGUCGCUCUUCUGUGUGUGUGUGUGUGUAGAGAGAGGAGGCAGGAGUUUGUACUGUUUGGUCAGAGCGAGAUCUACCACUGUGCACUGUUUUUCUGGUCCACGUUAUUCAUAUGUGUCAAACAAACACACCACUCUGCAGUAAAAUGUAAAAAGAAGAAAAAGAAAAGUGUCACUAAACAUGCAUAGUGAAGUUUCCAUGGAUAUGAAAAAUACAUAUAGUUCAUAUGUGCCAUUGCCUCAUACAUUACAGUCUGUGUAUCAGAGGAAAACAUUAUUAUUAAAACACUAACAAAGCAAGAUUAUCUACAGUUUACAUCAACGAGAGAAAAUCUCUUAAAUGUUCUAUUGUUUUCAUAGUUGUUUUUUCUAGUUCCACCGGUUCAAUGAAUUGUGCAAUAAAGCAACAUCUAAUAGAAAUGAUCUCUAUAACCUUUGUAUUAAGCUAUGAUAGCCCUAAAGGGUAUUAUUUUCUAUUUUUGUUUGUGUGAACUAAUAUCCCAUUAAAAUAUCCAAAUCAGCAAUGCUUUACGUCCCAAACUCCAUUCACUUCUCGUGCAGACGUAAGAAUCUUCUAAAACAGGUCAGAAAUAAUUAUAUUGUUAUAUAGUUCAAACUACACAUACUAAGUUUAUCUCAUGGAUUUUCCUACAUUUGGUUCUUUGCCAAGUGUUUAUGAUGGCCCUAAACAAAAUACUAUCUAUAACCAUAUCAGUGCAAUGGUGUGGCUUGUUCAUCUGUUCUUUAGUUUUUGAACAACAAGGGGGUAUGACAUAUUUCACACUUUGGAUACACCACUGGUUUGCUGGAGUUGACUCAUGGUUGGAUUUGUUAUUUUUCAUGUUAUUUUUGUUGUUAUUUUUUGACAGUAAGAAAAAUACAAAAAAAUGAUGUGUGUUAACUUUGUAAUGGGCAAUAAACUGUAUUAUUAUGUCAUAAAGAUUUGACAAGUGCACACACUUUGUAUAAUUUUCUUAUUUUUCACCCAAAGUACAAUUUGGCUGAAAACAACAUAAAGGCUAUUAAUUUCUUCUGCUAGUGCUCAUUUCACUGUCUCGUACAGCCCUAUACUCUGCUCUUCUGUGAUGUCUCCAUCUGUAGCUCUCCUGAACAUUACUGUCAGUUUUGUUAUUAUUCUGUAUACUGUGGACACACUUUGUAAUUAUGAUUUUUGGUUGUUGCUUUUUGCCGCCAAACAGAAUACACACACACACACACAAUAUAACGGCAUAUAUAAACAUCACAUUUUCUUUGCAUUUUAAAGAAUGUGCAUUACUCUUGUUUUAUAUCUUAUAUAAAUAAAUAUAUAUAUACAAAGAAGUAUUUUGUAAAUGGACCAGUGCAGCCUAUAUGUUAGAAUGAAUGAAUUCACCUAAAGACUUUAUAGUGUCAUGUAUGUUGUGUCACUGCAUUAUAGUUGCUGUUGCUUUUUUGUUUAUUUAAAUCUUGGUUUGACGACAUAUACUUGGGAGGGUGCAUGUCUGGACUAGUCCACCAAACACACAGUUAGAUGUUCCACUGACUAUUAAACUACAAACACAGCAAUAAAGUGUCUGCAGAACA